AGUCUGCGAUUACUGAGUCACCCAGCACAACUUCACGCGUGGAACUAUUCGUAACAAGUCAUGUUCGUUGAGAACAUAACAAAACGACAUACACUGCUAAGUUUCGGUUUAAUUGGAUUAUAGUAUUUUACUUUACGAUGUAGGCUUUUCUAGGUUAUGGAUCCAGUCUGUUGGCCCGCAGGAUUUUGUGCCCCGCAACGUCAGAUACGCUGUGACUUUUUCAAGUGUUCAUUACAUGCUAGGCAUCGGCAGCCUGCUUGUAGUGACCAGUGGUCAUGAAGCGCUGCGUAAAUGGACCAUCGUGUUCUGUGCUGCUCCUCUGUCUGCUGCUGCUCCUACGCGCUGCGGAUGAGAUAACACUUACCGUCAAGGAGGUAAUACACCAAAAUGAGAGUGUUCCCCAGAUGGAGCUGUCAACAGUCCGAUCUUCUCCAUCACAAGGCUCCUGUUCUGUCUGUGUUCGUCUGUUUGUCAGAAUGAGACGUGAGGAUUUUAAUGGGACGCUGAAAAUUACCUACCUGAAACUGUCAACUAAUACCCUCAGAAAGAUCUUCAUAACAAAGUCAAAAGGAGUGAAAAAUGACACUUUGCAGUGGAAGGAGAAUAAGCAACGAUCAAAAACCAUCCAAAUCAAACGUUUGUACCGCGUGGGCAUUGGUCAACAGAUUUUGUGGGAGUUGGUGUUAAACUGUUUCCCAGGUGAAGCAGGGGGAGAAGUGGCUGUGUUUUUGUCCUCCAUACCUCUGAGAGAAGUUUACGUAGUACAGAACAUCUGUCCAGAUCCAGUGCCAAUGUUCAACCUGUCUGUUGAUGAGCUGGCUCGAUCCUUGACCGUGACAAUAACAACUGGGAACCCGAUAAACCAGCCUGCUCCUUCGCUUGACGUGGACACCAGGGUGUGCUAUAGGCAGGGAGGCUUGGCGUGCUCUGGCAUCUUUCCUCUUACUACCAUUGACACCAAUAAGUCUCCGUCUGUGAAUCUCACGUUCCCCUACCUGUUGCCGUGUGUCUGUGUCCAGGUAUAUUACACACAUGUAGAUGCAAAGAGGACCACAGUUUGCCCCUUUGUAAACAGCUCAUUAGAUGCGGAGAACCGAGACGUGUGGCUCUCCGGAACCGUGACGUUGUAUGGCGAGUUGGGUUCCAGCCUGGCUUGGGCCUCCCCUUGUCCCCCGUCUGACCUGAAGCCCUCUGCCUCCCUCUGCUGGAAUGACACGACCCACUGCACUCCCAUCUUCAACACCACACUGGAGGACACCGUGGAGAAAGGAGUCCUGAGGUAUAAUGUUUCGGCCGUGGACAGACACCCUCAGAUGUGUGUGUGGUUCUCCUAUCAAGGCAGCCAUGAUGUCCAAUGCCCUUUCCUGUCAGAUAUGUCUAAAUGGGAGGCACAUGUUGGUCCUGGUUUGAAGCGUCUCAUUGUCUAUCUCACCUCCACUAUCCCAGCGUCCUUUGCUGCUCAACUCUGUGUCCAGGAAAAGAAGGGAUGUGUAUCCAGGGGAGCUAUCUAUUUUGUAAACAUGGGUGGGCGCGGUAGAGAGACCCAGCUGGACCUGCCCAUAUCAGUUCUGGCUGAUGGACUCUGUGUGCAGGUGUGGCGGUCAGAUGUGUUUCAGUUUGGGAGGAGACUACUCUGUCCUGACUAUUCCCACAGGAGAUGGGGUCUCUAUGCUGUUACAGCCAUGGCUCUUCUGCUUUCUGCGGCUAUGCUGGGAAGCCUGCUCUACCAUGUGACCAUGAAGGGAGUCACGGGUUGGCUCUCCAUCCAGAGGCCUGUCCUCUUGGUGUGCUCCUCCGGGCAUACAGCCCAUGUGUCAGCUGUGUGCUCUUUGGCUUCGAUCUUACAGGGGGAGUUGGGCGCUGAAGUACGCAUGGCUCUGUGGGCCCAGAGCUCUAAUGGGGCCAACCCUGGGACUUUGGAUAGUUCCAGGACUGGGGUGUCUGAGCUGGGUCCUUUGCCCUGGCUUUAUGGACAGUGGGAGGCAGUCAGAGAAGCAGGAGGCCGGGUUCUGAUCAUCUGGAGCCCAGAAGCUAAGGAGUCCUACAGAAUCUGGAGAGAAGAGCGAGAGGUGAGAAAGACCGGAUGGGGUACAGGUGAUGAAAUGAGACAAGAGGAGAGCGGAGAAGAUUGGGAAGGACAUGAAGAAAGAAGAGGGAAAAAGGAGCGAACAGGAAUGAAGAGGGAAGAGGUUUGGAAGGAUGAUGCCUGGGAGCCUACCUCAGUGACCGGGCCGGUGUUCCGGGCUGCCCUCUCCUGUCUGCAGGGGUCACUACAGGGGGGGGGUAGGGACCACAACUUUGCCCUUGUCUACUUCCAGGGCCUCGGUCAUAGCAGAGACAUCCCCAAGGACCUCAGAAGUGUCCCCCGAUACUGCCUUCCUUGUGAUUUUGGGGGUCUAAUUCGAGAGCUGGGCGGGUUAGCUAGAGGGGGGAACACUGGGGAUGACAGCUGGCACUGUUGGUCCAGACUCUUCUCCAAAACUUUGUCACUUUGGUUGGCUAGGCGACUAACUCACAGGUUGAACUGUCACAGACGAGCCCUCAGAAAGACGAGAGUCCGAAAAUGUCCCAGAAGUUGAAGUUGAAGGGAAAACUAAUAGGGCAUGUAUCACACCUGCUUGACUGUCUACAUGAGAUAGAUGAUACAGGUGGUGUUGUGACCAGGGGAUCCUCUCACAUUGCCUGGAACCAAAGUCAACAGAGGAUAUUCAUAUAGUAUUCACCCCCAAGUAUUCAUACUUCCCCACUAAGAUAACUUACCACUUGAUUUGCCAAUUACUGUAGAAUAGUUCUAUAUUGUCCUCUGGGCUACAGAUGCCAUAUUUCUAUUAGAUCAUCCUGUAAAUUUGUCCCCCACCUGCCUUCAGUUUGCUGUUUGCAUAGUAUACUUUUAGAAUUGAUUUGCCCUAAUGAAAAUCAUAUUAACCCCCCAAAUGUAUUUCCAUUCAUUAAAAUAUAGUUCAUAUUUCCUAUUGCAUUGGGAUUCUUUUCCUGGUGUGAGAAACUGGGUCAAAUUAAGACACGGCAUCUGUAAAAAAAGAAAUUAUACUAAGUGGGGUGUGGCAAACGAACCAUGAAAUCACACAUCAGUCUAACCUCUGUGUGUUUGCCUGAAUGUCAAGCUGUGUAACUCCGGAUAGUUUAGUGUACUGUGUAAAAUGUAAUACCAUCAAAGUGUACUCUAAAUACUUAUUAACUGGAGGGAUUGGACAUCUUUUAGAGAUGCUCCACUUCACCACUAAAUAUCAAAAUAAUGUCUUAUUUGUUGACAAACUGUUCACAAACAUUGUUGGUCCUGGUUAGCCUCCAGUUUAAACAUCCAUUCCAGAUAAUUUUAUAAUAAACCUUGCAACUGAAUCCACAGUAUUAAUAUGCCAUAACUUAAACCAGCACAGGUCCAUUUAACUAGUUGGCUGCACAGCUGGUGUAUGUACAGUGCCAUAAUGGACUAGAGAGAUGCUAAACUAUGGUUGCCCAAAUCUGUUCAUGGGGAGCUACCAUCCUCUAGGGUUUUUCUACAAACACAUUUGUUAGGAGGCUGAUUUAACUUCUGAUGCAGUUAGAUAUUAGAAUCAUCUGUGCUAAAUUAGGGUUGGAGCUAUCCAGGAACAGGGAUGGGCAGCCCUGUUUAUACUAUGUCCAGGCUCUGUCCCAGACAUAGUAUACCACUCCCACUCUGCACUGAACUGAACUAAACCAAAAUAGGUCCUGACUGUUUGUCUGGACAGUCCUGACUGUUUAAUUACCCAAGAUUUGCUGCAUAGUAUUUUUUUUAACAGGUAUUAUAUGCUGAAAUAUAUGGAUGAAUGGAUGUGUCAUUUGUUUCAUUUAUGAGAUAAUAGAUAUGAUGCCAUGGUAUUGUUACAUCAACCAUCUGUUCCAAACUGACUUGAAUUGUAUAUGGCAUAGCUGUCAAACCUUUGAAUUAAACUGGCAUGUUUUAUGGUUUCUUUAUGUCAUUUGGCCAUGUUUUGAUUGGUGUCAUAUAAAACUUAUUAUGUCAAACUGGCAUCACAGGGGUAUGUGGUAUAUGGUCACUCUAUGGUCCAGGAACUCUGCUAUAUUGGCCAUAUACCACAUCUCCUUGUCACAUAUUGCUUAACCCUCAUCCUACCAACAUGUUUAACAUAC